AUGGAAGGUGACAUAAGACCAGAGAGUUGGAUCAAGCCUGGACCUGAGGACACCAGAGACCAUGGUGGAGAGAGUUGGAUCAAGCCUGGACCUGAGGACACCAGAGACCAUGGUGGAGAGAGUUGGAUAAAGGCUGGACCUGAGGACACCAGAGACCAUGGUGGAGAGAGUUGUAUCAAGCCUGGACCUGAGGACACCAGAGACCAUGGUGGAGAGAGUUGGAUCAAGCCUGGACCUGAGGACACCAGAGACCAUGAUGGAGAGAGUUGGAUCAAGCCUGGACCUGAGGACACCAGAGACCAUGGUGGAGAGAGUUGUAUCAAGCCUGGACCUGAGGACACCAGAGACCAUGGUGGAGAGAGUUGGAUCAAGCCUGGACCUGAGGACACCAGAGACCAUGGUGGAGAGAGUUGGAUCAAGCCUGGACCUGAGGACACCAGAGACCAUGGUGGAGAGAGUUGGAUAAAGGCUGGACCUGAGGACACCAGAGACCAUGGUGGAGAGAGUUGGAUAAAGGCUGGACCUGAGGACACCAGAGACCAUGGUGGAGAGAGUUGUAUCAAGCCUGGACCUGAGGACACCAGAGACCAUGGUGGAGAGAGUUGGAUCAAGCCUGAACCUGAGGACACCAGAGACCAUGGUGGAGAGAGUUGGAUCAAGCCUGGACCUGAGGACACCAGAGACCAUGGUGGAGAGAGUUGGAUCAAGCCUGGACCUGAGGACACCAGAGACCAUGGUGGAGAGAGUUGUAUCAAGCCUGGACCUGAGGACACCAAAGACCAUGGUGGAGAGAGUUGGAUCAAACCUGGACCUGAGGACACCAGAGACCAUGGUGGAGAGUGUUGGAUCAAACCUGGACCUGAGGACACCAGAGACCAUGGUGGAGAGUGUUGUAUCAAGCCUGGACCUGAGGACACCAGAGACCAUGGUGGAGAGAGUUGGAUCAAGCCUGGACCUGAGGACACCAGAGACCAUGGUGGAGAGUGUUGGAUAAAGCCUGGACCUGAGGACACCAGAGACCAUGGUGGAGAGUGUUGGAUCAAGCCUGGACCUGAGGACACCAGAGACCAUGGUGGAGAGUGUUGGAUAAAGCCUGGACCUGAGGACACCAGAGACCAUGGUGGAGAGAGUUGGAUCAAGCCUGGACCUGAGGACACCAGAGACCAUGGUGGAGAGUGUUGGAUAAAGUCUGGACCUGAGGACACCAGAGACCAUGGUGGAGAGAGUUGUAUCAAGCCUGGACCUGAGGACACCAGAGACCAUGGUGUAGAGAGUUGGAUCAAGCCUGGACCUGAGGACACCAGAGACCAUGGUGGAGAGUGUUGGAUAAAGCCUGGACCUGAGGACACCAGAGACCAUGGUGGAGAGAGUUGUAUCAAGCCUGGACCUGAGGACACCAGAGACCAUGGUGGAGAGAGUUGGAUAAAGCCUGGACCUGAGGACACCAGAGACCAUGGUGGAGAGUGUUGGAUAAAGCCUGGACCUGAGGACACCAGAGACCAUGGUGUAGAGUGUUGUAUCAAGCCUGGACCUGAGGACACCAGAGACCAUGGUGGAGAGAGUUGGAUCGAGUUUGGACCUGAGGACACCAGAGACCAUGGUGGAGAGAGUUGGAUAAAGCCUGGACCUGAGGACACCAGAGACCAUGGUGGAGAGUGUUGGAUAAAGCCUGGACCUGAGGACACCAGAGACCAUGGUGGAGAGUGUUGGAUCAAGCCUGGACCUGAGGACACCAGAGACCAUGGUGGAGAGUGUUGGAUCAAGCCUGGACCUGAGAAAUGGAUUCCUCAGAGCUGUAAGACUUGUGACCAUGUUGAGGACUCCACACACUGGCUUCAGAUUGAACCCUUGACUUCCACUGUCCAGGGAGUGACAAUGUUCAGACACAGGACACCUAAAGGGAGUUAUGAGUGCACAGUGUCUGGGCUCCGCUGGCUGUGUGAGAGAGAUGUCAUUCUGAAGUAUCACUUCAGGAACUGGGAACCCUACAGUCAACUUCUGAAAGACAUGCAGUACACACAAGGUGGUCCAUUGCUGGACAUCACUAUGGAGUUAGGUGAACUGGAGGAAGUUCAUCUGCCACACUUUGUCUGUUUAGGGACCAACCCUUCCCUGAGGAAUGACAUGAAGAUUCUUCAUGUAGAGGAACAUGGAGUGUCUUUAGAGGAAGUGCAUGAGGUCACCAGAUUCCAUGUUAAGAUUCUCCAUCCCAAGUUCUCACUUAUCUCUGUUGUACUGAGAUUACUGUCUUGGAACGUAGAUGUCCACUGUGAUGUGGUCCUCUACAUGGCAGUAAAAAGGUCAACAGUCAUUUCAAGGCUGUACCUGCUCCUCAGAAACUCUAGUCAGAAAGAGGCUGUUCAGGAACGGGAGAAAAAUCAGGUGUCCCAAGGAUAUUCAGAAUUGGUCCUGUCAAGUCCAAACGGGUCGUUAAAGCUGAACAGUUGGUUUGCACUCAAGAAUCCCCUCUCCACUUCCAUAAAUCCAGAGAAGAUUCAGCUGUUACCUGCAGACACCACACCAAGCUGUUGUAAGAUGAUAAUGGGAAACACAGGUGUGGACAUUGAGAUGGAGUUAAUCGGGGAUGAUGAGAGGACAGUAUGGAGAGAGAUGGUACCAAUAGAUGAAUACAUCACUGAAACCCAUUCAACUAGUGCUGUGUUGGGGGCAGGAGGUCCGGCUGAGAGCAGUCUGACUGGUUCUGUAGAGCAGCAGCUGCGUUCUGUACGGACAGAGUUUGUGAAACGAGUAUCAGGACCUGUCCUGGAUGGUCUGCUGGACAGCCUCCUGCAACACACAGUCAUCAACCAGGAGGAAAUGGAGUCAGUGAAGGUGAUAGCUGAGAGGGCAGAGAAGGCACGUGACAUCAUCGACAUGGUGUUGAGAAAAGGAACGGAGUCGUGUUCCAGGAUGAUCAACCUUCUUGGGGAACUGGACCCCUGUCUUUGUUCACAGCUUCAGAUCAACAGUUGUAGUCAACCCCUGGAGGUGUGGAGACCAGGCAGAGUAGACAGGCAGGAUGGUUCAACAUGUUCUUGCUGUCUGUUGCUUUAAUUCAGGGUCACAACAAUGUACAGAAAAUGUCAAUCAAACAUGACCACUAUAAUAACAAUAAACUUACUGAAGGACCAACCACACAGCCUCUCUCCUUCUGCAGCCUCCUGGAAGUGUGGCUCUUCUAGCAGGAGGGUCAGUCAGUCCUACACUAGGUACCUAGCUGGACCCCUAUCUAGCAGGAGGGUCAGUUAUCAAUCAAACGUCAAUGGCGCCCAGGGAACAGUGGGUUAACUGCCAUGCUCACGGGCAGAACGACAGAUGUGUAUCUUGUCAGCUCGGGAUUCGAUCCAGCAAACUUUCGGUUACUGGCCCAACGCUCCUACACACCAGGCUACCUGCCGCCAAUAAAUAUAUACUGUAUGUUGAAAAUGUGUGAAAUUGUGAGAGUAUUAAAAAAAUAUAUAUUUUG